ACUAGCAAAGGCUACAACUUAGUGACACACAAGAACAACAGAAGAGCAGAGGAAACUGCCAGGAAGAAGUCAUUUUUAACAGAUUCCAGCUGUAUGGAUGUAGUUUUACGAUACCCCUUCACAAGGAAGUAGAGCAAAAUACCCAAAGUUCUGCUGAGGCAAAAUCUGAAGUAUUCUUAGCUGGGAACUUCCUCUCAUCACAACACAACCAUGCCCUUUCUGGACUGGGUUGCACGACGGGUCAAGAAACAACCACGGCUUUUGUACAGAAGGAGAAUUUUUCAAAAGUCAACUAGUCUCCGCCAGCAGGAUUACCAGACUUUGCUUGAGGAGUGUUUGAAGAAAAAUUGUCUCUUUGAGGAUGAGAACUUCCCAGCUGAUAUCAGGUCCAUUGGAACAGGGCCACUCCUUCAGAAACUCCCUCAGAAUCUACAGUGGAAGAGGCCACAUGAGCUGCAUAAGACUCCAGUGUUUUAUGAUGCAAGCACCAAACGCCUCGCUCUGUGUCAAGGACUGAUAGGAGACUGCUGGUUUUUGGCUGCCUUGGAAGGUUUGACUUUUCAUCAGGAUAUCUUGUCUCAGGUAGUACCACAGAACCAAAGCUUUGAGAGGAAAAAGUAUGCUGGCAUAUUCCACUUCAAGUUCUGGCAUUUUGGCAAAUGGGUUGAUGUGGUAGUAGAUGAUCGACUGCCAGUAAACGAAGCUGGUCAACUUGUUUUUGUCUCAUCAGUCUAUAAGAACCUGUUCUGGGGAGCUCUUCUGGAAAAGGCUUAUGCCAAGCUGUGUGGUUCCUAUGAAGAUUUACAGGUUGGGCAAGUAUCAGAAGCUCUGGUGGACUUUACAGGUGGAGUUAACAUCACAAUAAAACUGGCUGAAGCUUCCCCUGAACUCUGGGAUAUACUGACAAGAGCAACUUACAGCAGAUCUCUGAUAGGUUGCCAGACCCAUUUAGGGAAAACAAGAGUCCUUGAGAAUGGGUUGGUAGCAGGCCAUGCCUAUACAAUGACAGGCAUACGAAAAGUGACAUGCAAACAUGGACCAGAAUAUUUAGUAAGACUGAGAAAUCCUUGGGGAAAGGUUGAAUGGAAAGGAGACUGGAGUGACAGGUCUGGGAAAUGGGAACUACUCAGCCCCAAAGAGAAGAUUUUGCUGCACAGAAAUGGUGAUGAUGGAGAGUUCUGGAUGUCUUUGCAAGAUUUUAAAACCCAUUUUGACAAUCUUAUUAUCUGUAAAUUAACUCCUGACCUGAUGAGCCAGGAAGAUGGGAAGAAGUGGAUGUCAUCCCUGCAAUUUGGAAGAUGGGUCAAAGGAAUCACAGCAGGGGGCAGGUUGAGAGCCCACAAAGGUACAUUUUGGAUGAACCCCCAAUACCAGCUGAAAGUCCUGCAAGGCAAUGGGAGCAAGAGGUCCUUGUACUCUUGCAGUGUAUUAGUGUCUUUGAUCCAAAAACACAACAGCAAACACCGGAAUCGGAUGCCUCAUCUUCACAUAGGACUUUAUGUCUUUAAGUACCAUGGGGACAAUAAAAGACUACCUCCUGAAUUCUUUGUCCAGAACUCACCUUUGAGUAGCUCUCCAGUCUUUGUGAAUGACCGUGAAGUGACUCGGGAUUUCCGGCUGCCCCCUGGAGUCUAUGUCAUUAUACCUGCCACCUCAGAACCUCACCAAGAGUCAGAGUUCCUCUUGCGUGUCUUCUCCAGGAAGCACAGCCUUCAUGAAAUGGGUGGAAAUCCAAGUCUUGUCCUUUCAAAGGAAAUAGUUGACAAAUAUGAUGACAAAAUUUGGGAGGAUUUCUUCACGAAGUACUUUGAACAAUAUCCUGAAAUUAAUGCAGUCCAGCUCCAGCGGCUCCUGAACGUGGCCUGGACAAAUCUUCAGAACAGUAGGCUGUGGUUCAGUCUGGAUGCCUGCCGGAGUAUCCUGGCCGUCUUAGAUUUUAAUGCUACUGGCACACUGAGUAUUCAAGAAUUCAGGAGUCUGUGGAGGAGUUUGCUUCAUUACCAGAAAGUUUUCCAGAAAAAGGACACUCACAAAACUGGAACCUUAGGCCUAGAAGAGUUGCAUGCAGCCAUGAAAGAAAUCGGCACCUCCCUGCGUGAUGAAGUCUGUAACUUGAUGGUGCUCCGAUAUGGGGAUCCUAACUUGAAAAUCAGCUUUCAGAGCUUUGUCUGCUUCAUGUUGCGUGUGGAAUUCAUUAAGGAGGCCUUCUGCAACUUAACUAAAGAUGGGAAAGGGAUAUAUCUUCAAGAGUAUGAGUGGAUGAUGAUGACUCUCUAUUCAUGAAGCAGAGAAAAGGAGAAGAGUUUGGAUACUUGGAGCAUUUCAAGGACAAAAGGAACAUUUGCUUAUCCACUUAAUGCAUACAAUUGUGUACAUUUGGGGGUCAGCUUCAUCAACUGGAGCAGUUUCACAUCAGUAGUUCUACCAGUGACUUGCUUGUGCAGCACCAUGGACUGUAGAAAUGGCCAGAAAUCACAAGAUCAAUCAGCACAUGGUUGAUUUUCCCUGAAAGAGCUUUCUGAAACAACUGUGUCCCUUCAAAGAGUAAAUCUGAGUUACAGAUCUACCAGCUGGGAGACAAUGCAGACUGAUGUUAUUAAGUCAUUUGUUUUUUCAAGCACUUUUGCUAAAAAUCAGCUGAUAGUCUAGAAGGAACGUAGUUACUGCUUCACUAAAGGACAGCGAAUAAGCAAACAAACAAAAUUGUCUUAUAAUCACCAGUGAAAUGGUCUGCAGAUGAUAAAUUGUAUAAAUAUGAUAGUUAUCAAAAGCAGAAUGAUACUAACUGAAAAUCUCCUAGUAAUGAGAUAAUCAGGAGUUGCAACUUAUAUGGGUAUAUUCCACAAGAGGCAUAUCACUUGUUACAUUUUAGCUGUGCGUUGUAUAUGUUCUAAGUGUGCAUCUAAAAAUAUGAAGGAUCUCUGCAAUAAACACAUUUGCAAUCACAUCUAUCAUAGACAGAGACUAGGUCAGGGGAUUCUGAUUGGCUGUGACUCCCUGUGGAGUCACUUGAUAGCAAAUGUGAUGUGCAAUGUGUGAAACAUCCCAAAUUCAGGUAAUUAGGAAAUUCUCAAGCAAUGUCAUUUGUGGAUUCAAAAGUGUACUUCUUAACGUUAUUCUCUGUGUUAACAUCUGUGACAUGGCAGAUGUUUGACUUGUCAGUUAUUGAGCCACAAUCAGGAUGGACAAGCCUCUCAUCUCUAUCAUACUGUGUAAGUGCCACUCUUGUUCCCUUUCAGAACUUACAUGAUUUUUAGGAAAUCCUGUUGCCAGCUGCUCACCAUCUAAUUGUGACCUAGGCAUCUGAUUUGUUGAUGGUCUGCUUUACCUCACUACGUCAUUUUCAAAGGCCAGUUUGGUUUUGUGCCUCUGUCCUAAUGCCAAUGUUUGGAGACACACAGGAAUUAGGUAGGUGUGAUCAAAGCACAUGAUCACUCAGUCCAUUUUUGCAAAGCUAUCCAAUUAGUAACUCAUUUGAUCAAGACUAUCCCAGAAUUUGCAGCAGCUUUCUGCAGCAAUCCAUCCACAAUUCAGUGUGCUAACCCAUGACCUACAAAGAGCAAAAUGGCUUUAGAUCCACAUAUAUAACUUUUGCUAUAUCCUAUUGUAAUCCUGAAGGCAGAUUUGGAAAGUCCUCUCAACAAUAGUAUCCUUGCUCUACGUCAAACUACAAAGGCAAGGGAGGCAACAUUGGGAACUGUUCCACAUUUAUGCAGUGCUACUUUCUUGAAGGCUGACCCUCUAGCCCUUAGCUUAAGCAUAUUUUUGGAAGACUUGUAGGGGUAGUUUUGAAUAGAGUUGAAACCUUUACCCUUAUUAAAUGUUAGAAUUCUGGUCAAAACUUGUGCUGGUACAGCUUUACUCUUCACUGUGUCUUCAUGUGGGAAAAGAAUCUGCCUUCGACAAGCUUUUAAAGGCAUAAGACCCCUGCAAGGAAGAAGAAUGGGCAACCCUAGCAUGUUCGGGUGCUAAUCUUAUUCUUUUUUACUGGUAUUUUGUAGCUGCAGUUAAAUAGCUGGACUAUUUAAGCGUAGUAUUUUAUUUAUUGCUUUUUAAAUUUUAAGUUUAUAAAAUAUUUCUAUUUUUUUAUUAACUGCUUCCCUCCUCCCCUUUAAGUUUAGGUAAAGGUAAAUAGACUAUAAAAGCAGGUAUGUAAGAAUGUAAUGAAGACAUGAUGAGGAAACUUUGUUACUUCCCAAUAAGCAAACCUUUGUAACUCUUUUACACGUACUGGGGAAAUAUACAUUCGUAUAGUGUAAGAGCCUUCCCUUGUUACAUUAAUUGCAGGAUCCAGACCUACACUUUAAUGGCUGGAAAAUCCAUCAGCCUAUGCAGUUAUGCAUAAUUAUAAUGGAUAGAAAUCCUUCACAUCUAAGAGAUUUGGGAAAUAGCAGAAAUGAAAAGGAGUAAUCUCAGUGGUAUUGGAAUUUUAUACUGCAAGAGUUACCCCCCCACACACACACAAUAUGAUUUUGUAUGUUGCACAGAUAGUAGUUGCAAUUAUGAAGGAAGCCCCAUUUGAAAAUGGGUGCAGCCAAGGUAAUAUGGUGUUCAACACCUGGAUUGUUUUAUGUAACUGAUUUUAUACAUAUUUACCCACUACCUCUUUUAAUGCCAGGCAUUGGAAUUUCAGCAGUAUUAUGUACCUAUUGACUACUCACUCAUGCCACAGAAUCUCUCUCUGCUGUGUAUCACAUUGUUGAUAACACUAAACAGCUCUGAGCUAUGAGAGUUGCUUUUCUGAAAUUGUAAAAAGGUGUUUUGCUGGAAUCAUUACACCUAAACAUGUGCAAUUCCAGUCCAUUCUGCAGA